UGACAGGAUAGCUAACGGCCAGGAAAAAUACAGUGGAAAAUGCAAAACAACGAAAUCAUAAAACCUGCCAAAUACUUCUCAGAAUUGGAAAAGAGCAUCUUGCUUGCUUUAGUGGAAAAGUACAAAUAUGUUCUUGAAUGCAAAAAGAGUGAUGCGCGAACUAUUGCACUCAAGCAGCGUACCUGGCAAGCGCUCGCCCACGAAUACAAUUCCCAGCCCAGCGUUUCCCUGCGGGACUUCAAGCAGCUGAAGAAGUGCUGGGAAAACAUCAAGGCUCGGACCAAAAAGAUUAUGGCCCAUGAGAGGAGAGAGAAGGUGAAGCGGAGUGUCAGCCCCCUUCUGAGCUCGCACGUCCUGGGGAAGGAGAAGAUAGCCAGCAUGCUGCCCGAGCAGCUGUACUUCCUGCAGAGCCCGCCAGAGGAGGAGCCCGAGUACCACGCCGACGCGGCCGCCCAAGAAUCAUUUGCUGUUUCAAAUAAUAGAGAACUGUGCGAUGAUGAGAAAGAGUUCGUACACUUUCCAGUAUGUGAAGGGACCUCGCAACCUGAACCCUCAUGCUCAGCUGUCAGAAUAACAGCCAAUAAAAACUACAGGAGCAAAACUCCUCAGGAAGGCGCUUUAAAAAAGAUGCACGAGGAAGAACACCAUCAGCAAAUGUCCAUCUUACAACUGCAACUGAUCCAAAUGAAUGAGGUUCACGUGGCCAAAAUCCAGCAGAUAGAGCGGGAGUGUGAGAUGGCCGAGGAGGAGCACAGGAUAAAGAUGGAAGUGCUCAAUAAGAAGAAGAUGUACUGGGAGAGAAAACUGCAGACGUUUACCAAGGAGUGGCCGGUUGCCUCGUUUAACCGGCCUUUUCCUAAUUCACCAUAAGACUCCGUGGUGGCUCACUUGUAAUUAAUGUGUGUUAGCAGAGAAAGUCUGGGACAUGAACAUGUGCUCAGGAACCUGUAACUGAGCUACGACUAGGAAUAUGAUAGCGUGGUAGGCGUCACUUAUUUACAAAUACAUUCAGGUAUGUAGACAGCUGCACCCUCUGUCCCCUUUAUAAGUGGCAAAGAAGCUGUUUUUAGUCUUUUGAAACCAUCACUACGAGUGCUAUAAUUCUGAAUGUAAUGUCUCCCUUUAAUUAGCAUUUAUAC